AUGUGUGCGGCACUACCUUUGAUCAAUUUGUCCAUGCCAAUCUCGGAGGCAUUGUCCUCAGAGUUGAGAGCUUCCCUCUAUCGGUUUGGAGCCUUCCGCUUAGCAGCUCCUGCUCCUGACACCACACAACGCAAUUACAAAACUGUCGUCCAAAAGGCUCAGGAGUUUUUCCAACAGCCAGUGACCACUAAGAUGAAUUUGACGGAAUACUCUGCAUUUGCGUCAGAGCGCGUUCGUGGGGAGACUGCAAUAUACAAAGAAAGCACCUAUUAUUUCCGAAAUGACGUCGAACCAAAGUAUUCCAAGGGUCCGUCAGACAACCUGUUUCUUUCAGUCAAAGCUCUACAUGAAGAGUGGACCCCAAUCAGACUGGAUUUGUUGAAUACUUUGUCGCAAGUUCUGUGGCAAGCAUCCGGGAAAAAUAUUCCUCUAACGGGUGACUCGGCUCUCAACUCGACUACUGUUGGCGUCCACUACUAUGACUCCUCUCGCUGUUCUUCCGACUGCAGCUAUUAUCUCAGUCCGUCGCAUAAGGACAGCGGCACAUUGACAAUUCUAUUCCGGUCUCAUGAUAAGGACGACGGAUUGGAGAUCGCCGAUCUCAAAACCACAGAAAAACGAGGCAGCGAAGGAGUUGGGUCGGAGGCAUCGUUUAUACCAGUCCCUACACCAGGGAUCGAUAUGACUGAGGUGGUCGUCUUCGCAGGUAUAAAACUCCAGAAUUUAUUCGGGCGAGACCGAGUUCGAGCUUGCGUACACAGAGUACGUGGUCCAAGCCCCGACAGCCGUACAGAAUCCUGUGUCCGGCGCUUGAGCAUAGCGAUGUUUUGCGCUCCUUCCACACCUGCCACUCCAAUCACCCCACCCUCUCAAUCAUAG